AUGGAACAGAUUAUGCUGGGCAUCAAGCAGAAGUCUGGCCUGCGCUGUAUGAUACUGGAGAAGAAGUUGGCAGCCCUGGUUAGCACCCUGGAGUCCCGGGAAGCCCAGGUUGAUCACAUGGAGCUUCUGCAGAGGAAGAACCAGGCCAUCCGGGAUCUCCAUAGCCCAGUGAACCUGGGCAUCAAACCCGUGCAAGUGGACGUCGCCCUCAUUUCACCCUUCAAUCCAGCGACGGCGCAAGCGAAGUUGUNNNAGCUGGAGGACCAGAAGGCUGCAGGCACGCCCACCGCGGUGAACAUUGGAAAGGGUCCCGUGGGCCUCACCUCGAUAGCACCCCUCUGA